CGUACACAAACAGAGGUCACUCACGUUCCCCAACACACAGCCACAGCUCGAGAUCAGACCAGCUCAACCAUACAGAGAUGCUGAAAUCUUUCUGCUCGCAAUCCCUGGUCAACCUCUUCCGAGAGGUGAAGGCCCCGUCCUACAGGUUGGUCCGCGGGGACGACGAUGACGACGACGAUGACGACGAGGAGGACUUCCACAUCCUGGAGCUGGAUGACAUGGAGAGGCUGCAGGGCUCCCUAGAGAGCGCCAGCUCCCCCUGGGACGCUGCCCCCCAGCCACCACGCCGGAACAGGGCCACCUCCUUUGAGAUCACGGUGGCCGACCAGAGCCAGCUGUUCCGCAUCGAUCACGUCCAGCAGAUCUCUAGACACCUUCCUGUGGCUCUGACGGUGUGCAAGUGGUCACUGGUCUACAGCACUUACAGACACGGUCGAAGUCUUGGCACGCUGUACAGGAACAUGGCGAAGUGGGACUGCUGCAUGCUGAUCUUCAUCAGGGACAACCGUGGACAGGUGUUUGGUGCUUUCUGCACGUCUCCUCUCAAAGUCAGCUCCUCCUUCUAUGGCACAGGCCAAGGUUUCCUGUUCUCCUUUGGUCCACGCCUGCAGGUUUACAGAUGGACCUAUGCCAACUCCUACUUUAUAAACGGCGGCAAGGAAUUCCUAGCAUUUGGUGGAGGAGGGGGUCGCUUCGGUCUCUGGCUUUGCGGGGACUUGAUCCGCGGACGGAGCCAGAGGUGCGAAACGUUCGAUAAUGAUCUCCUGUCGUCCGCCGAAGACUUCUUUAUUGAUGAGCUCGAAGUCUGGGCCCUUGUCUGACCCCGACGGAUGAUGAAAUGGCACAACAACGCGCCCGCCAUGAGACGCUGGCGACGACGACGGGAGUCGGGAAGCAAAGCAGGCAGCAUCAAGGCCUGCCGCUUUCAGACGGUGAUUAUGAGAUUCGCCGCUUCCACUGAUAAAUGGAACGGCGCUCGCUGAUAGAUGGCUUUCUGCUGAAUCCUCAGACAUGUUAAAUUUGCUGGGAAAGUAGUUUCACCUAAGCAAGCAAGCCAGUCUUGGCGAGACUAGUGAGGAUGGAGAGCUUUGUGUGUGGGACAAUACUGCCUCCUUCUGGUUUAAACUGAAAAUGAUCCAUCAGCAGAGUAGGAGGCACUGGGAGAGUGAAUCACCACUAGAGAGAGCCCUUAUCUCAUGCUAGGCAUGAGGUGCGUGUGUGUGUGUGUGUGUGUGUGUGUGUGUGUGUGUGUGUGUGUGCGCGCAUCUGGCUACUCUUGUGGCUCCUGUGCUCUGCUUCACUGUGAUAUUCUCUGGAUCAACACCCACUCACACGAGGGGGCCUGAGGAUUUGUCAUUGUGCAUUAAUCCACUGUGGAGAGCUGAAGGCUCGACGCUUCGAACGAGUCAACACCACUAUCAUACACUCAUACAUAAUAACCAGCAUUACCGUACAAGCAGCACAAACAUAUAUCAUUAUCUCUCCAACACCCAUCUGUUUUUUUUUUAUUUAAACACACAUUCCUGCGUGCUUGCGCUUACGGAUACUCUCACACACCCUCUCGAUCUCGUACACACCACGCAUGUCAUCCAACUAGUGGCGUUAACCUAGGAGUUUUGUUGCCAGGGAAACCAAGCUGCAGUUACUGCAUGUGCAGUCACAGUUAAGAUUUUUUUUUUUUCUAAAUGUCACAUGGCAGGACUACAGCAUGUUUACACUUUAAACAGAACAGUGUUUGCUUCCUUGCAAUAUGAGCAGAUGGAGACCAACUGUAAACUGCCAUUUUAGAUUCUGUUCCUUGUUAUGCUUACCAUUUACGUAUGUAAAGUACAUAAAUUGUGAUUAAGGAAAGCAGAUGGCUAAGACCGACUGCCCCAGGGGAAGCUAUUAUUCUAGGGCUAGCUAGGUUAUAUCAUGUGAAAAGCUAAAUACUGAGAGGUCAGAGAUUUGAAGCAUCUGUUGCUAUAGAUAUUGUGAAGUGCCAUGGAUACACUCCGCAGAAGACAUAGAGAGUGCACGAAUGCAUCACAAGCCUCAGAUUUGCCCCUCUGAACAUUGAGACCGCAGAGGGGUACUGAAUUUCAGGGGAGGCCGUGCUCACGCCCAGUUUCUCUGCCUCUUCAUUGCUAUUGUAGAUAGUGUAAUCAAUAUGAUUUGUUACAUCCUCGAUGAGAAGUCAAUAAGGAGACUGUCCCUCUGUCAAGUUCAUAAAACCUCCAUCUGUAGGAGAAUAAAUUGCUGUCAUAAAAAGCCUCGUAUGGUGUGGAGAGGUACUUCUCUGAAAUGAGCUGGAAUGGCAUUCAGAAUUUAAACGGAGGACUAUUCAAAAUACAAUGAGUAUGUGCUGGUAUAUUCAAAUAAAACUGGGUCCUGCGCCUAUGUCAAUAUUUCCUGGUUAGUACGAGGCAAGUAAAAGCAUAACACAUCUUUUGCAUUUAUGUACACAAAAGGGAAUGGUAUGAGAUAAGAGAGAAUAAUGUGAAGGAGCGAAAGAAGAAACAGAGUAAAGAGAGAAGGAGGAGAGGAAGAGAUGGAAUGCUGAGCACCAUCCAAUCUCAUUGACUUGUUGUCCCUCUGCUGAAGCAAACCAGCCAUGCAAUACAAUCUGCCGACAGGAAUGUUUCAUUUAGAGCCAUGCACAGUACCAUUUCUCUGAAAGAUUUAUUCAGGUGUGAUAAUUGUACAAUCAGGUAUUCUAUUUUUACCUGCACAGAGGUAAACACACACACUCUCACACACACAGACACAGACACACACACACACACACACACACACACACACACACACACACACACACACACACACACACACGCUGACACUCACACACACACACACACACACACACACACACACACACACACACAGGGGGAAGCAUUAUUCCCAUUUUAGUCAAGUGGCUUCCCUUUUUUCUAAACCUAGAGGUGCUGAGAAAAAAAUAUAUCACUCUUGAACAUACAAAAAGACUUGAAUUAGUGGUAAUUCUUAGAGUUAAAGUCCAAUUAGCGUCACUGGUGAUUAAUUUGGUUCAUUGUGUUAUGAUGUGCUCGUAAACACAUGCUUUCACUGUGCCUAAUCUCCAAAACAUACUGUAAAUUUACAUGUUGACAAAACAAAAGGGAACAUUAUUGAUUCCCUCAGAGAGUGUCCUAAGAGUUUAAAAGAGCAAUACAUUGUCUUCUGUCUGCAAACACAACAAUACUAUAAUUCACUAUGACUUGUAACAAGUGGCAAUAUUCCUGUGCAUUGUGAAUCCUACAUCUUUCUGUAUGUAUGUAUGUUUUAAAAAAUAUGUACUGGAAAUAAAAAAUACU